CUUUUUGCUCUUUCAUUUUUGAUAUCCAAGAAAAAUUAUAAAGAAGAAUGAAAGGUUUUUGGAACUUAACGAGUACCAUUUCUCUUCCUAUACUUUUCUUAUUCGGCUACAAUUAUGAGGACGUGUAUGCAGUUCCUACCACGUGCUUAUGUCAUCCGGAACAAAGGGAUGCACUUCUUCAGUUGAAGAACGAGUUUGAGGUCGAUGUACAUGGGAUAUUACUUUUACCAUGAUUCAGUGGUUUUGAUGAAUAAAGGUUUAGAGAUGGAGCUAGCACGUAUCCUAAAAAAACAAAUUUGAAGGAGAGAUCCCAAGGUCCAUUGGUCUAUUGAAAGAUCUCCAUGUGCUCAACUUGUCCAACAAUGCUUUCACCGGCCACAUCCCUUCAUCUAUGGGAAACCUGACGGCUCUUGAGUCACUAGACGUUUCCCAAAACCAGCUUUCAGGAGAAAUUCCGCAAGCGCUAGGGAGCCUCUCAUUCCUUUCGUACAUGAACUUCUCUCAUAACCAACUUACAGGUCUAGUACCAGGAGGCACUCAGUUUCGAAGGCUGAAUUGCACUUCCUUCGAGGAUAAUCCGGGGCUUUUUGGCCCUUCUCUUGAAGAAAUUUGCAGAGAUAUUCACAUGCCAAGACCACAUGAAACGCCGGAAUCAGACGAAGAGGAAGAGGUGUUGAGUUGGAUAGCAGCGGUAAUAGGAGUCAUACCUGGUAUGGCCUUUGGAUGGAUGAUUGGAUACAUACUUUUUUCUCGCAAACCAGAGUGGUUUAUGAACCCUUUUCUCCGAAACAAACGCAGACGCAGCAGCACCACAACUCAUUAAAAAGGUCUUUUAUAUCCUACCCGAGGAAUCUGAAAGAAGAAAUCCAAAGCAAUCACUAUGUCUAUCCGUAUCAAUUAAGGUUUAGGGUGUCGUUUCCGGUUUAGCUUGGUGUUUUUCUCAUUAUUCUGUUUUUACUUUUUUCUUUCUAGCAAACUUCUCCCUCUCUGGUAUUGUUUCCGGAUUAGUUUGGUGUGUGUUUCUACACAUCUCUGUUUUUUUUCUUACCUUUUUAGCAAACUUCUUUGUUUCUCUGUAAUUGAACAACUAUGUUUCGUACGCUAAAAUAUUUCAAGCACAAUCAAAGAUGUGUGGUUUUUCCCCCUCAACUGUAUGGAUGUGAGAUGAGCAAUAAACAGAUGAGCCAUAUCAAAGCUAUAAGCAACACAUGGCUUUAGAAAAUGAUAUAAAUAACCAACGUUGAGUUGGCCUAGUUGUUAAGUCCCUUGAUUGCUGAUAAUGUAGGGACUGUUGAGUUUAGAUUCUUUUGCUUUAAAUAUGUAAAAUCUAAACUAAUAACCAAAACUACAAAAAAGAAAAAGAUAUUUUCUCAAUAAAAAAUUGGGUUUAAAGAUCAUCUUCCAUUUUAUAACAAAAUUCCUCUUGGAUCAACCUAUAUUAUAUUUUCCUUGAUUGUCUUUUUAGUCGAAUCCAAGUCUUGCUUCCCUUUUGUUUAAUGUCCACAAUCUCAAAAAAGAGACAUCCAACUGAUUGGUUACUAUAAGUCUCUCUCUGGUACGUUAUUCUUUGAUUUAUCAACAUUAAUUAUACUUGCAUUUUUCUCUCCUUAUUUUCUCCAAAGUCCAUCACUUGAAAAUAAUGAUAUUUUUUUUUUCAUAUAUGCUAUGGUUUUUGUUUAGCGUAGGAAACAAGGAAACGAAGAGUGACGUCACCUUAUUUUCAUAAGCCAUCGUUCCUCGUCUUCAAUGCGAGGAGACCUUCUUCCCGGAGAACACUCGUCUCUCUCUACAAUCUCUUCUUCACCCUCUCCCAUAAGCUCCUCACUUCGUUCCCUCUCUCCCUCAUCAUGCCCAAACCAAACGAUGCGGAGGCCGUCCCGCUGCUGGAUCUAUCAAAACCGUCGACACCGAUCUCCUUCCCGAUCAAAUCACUCCAAGACCUGGAAUCUCGAUCUUACUUCGACUCUUUCCACUUUCAGUUCAACCGCUCCACAGUCCCUCUCCGGGGAGACUUACCUAAUAAUCGCCCGAGGGUUUUAGUGUGCCACGAUAUGAAAGGAGGUUACGUAGACGACAAGUGGGUCCAAGGGUGUGAAAACGACGCCGGAUACGCGAUUUGGCAUUGGUAUUUGAUGGAUGUGUUUGUUUACUUCUCUCAUUCGCUGGUGACGAUUCCUCCUCCUUGCUGGACCAAUACAGCUCAUAGGCAUGGCGUUAAGGUGUUGGGGACUUUCAUCACGGAAUGGGAUGAAGGAAAAACUACCUGCAAUGAGAUGCUUGCCACUAAGGAGUCUGCUCAGAUGUAUGCUGAGCGUUUGGCUGAGCUUGCUACUUCUCUAGGUUUCGAUGGAUGGCUGAUAAAUAUAGAGAACGAAAUAGAUAAAGAACAGGUUCCCAAUUUGAUGGAGUUCGUAAGCCAUCUAACAAAAGUCCUGCAUUUAUCCACUCCUGGGUCUUUGGUUAUAUGGUAUGAUAGUGUCACUGUUCAUGACCAUCUUAAAUGGCAAGAUCAUUUGAAUGAAAAGAACAAACGUUUCUUUGACUUGUGUGAUGGUAUCUUCAUGAACUAUACAUGGAAGGAGAGCUACCCAAAAUUAUCAGCUGAAGUUGCCGGGGACAGAAAAUAUGAUGUUUACAUGGGAAUUGAUGUCUUUGGUCGCGGCUCCUUUGGUGGUGGGCAAUGGACUGUUGAUACUGCUCUUGAUUUGCUGAAGAGAAACAAUGUAUCAGCUGCCAUUUUCGCUCCUGGAUGGGUAUAUGAGACUGCACAACCACCUAAUUUUCAUACAGCUCAGAAUAAUGUACAAUGUGUAUGCAGAGAAUGUGAAGUCAACUGGUGCACUAAGAUCGAGGAAGGUUUUGGAGAAACCAAGAAGCGAGAGAGUGUUCCUCGGAAUCUCUCACGUACCGGCUUAUUACGUAUCGGAACUGGUGGUAGAUUCGGACGUGAAAGGGGUCAGCUUCGUGGUGCAACCGUGUGGUGAAGAUGGGUUAUGGAGAAAGCUUGAUGAUUCCCCUAACCUUCUUGUGGACUUGGAGGGUCUCUCGUAGGUUGCUGGAAACAGUGAAACGAUUCAUAAUGUAUAUUACAAAAUUACAUUAAUCUAGAAAGUGGGGAAAACAUGAUAAAAAAACCUGAACUGAUAACAGAUCAUCAUCGUACAACUUCUUAAAAAUAUAAUUAAUGUACAUUAAUUUCCUUGUAUUUUAUAAUUAUAAAGAGAUCUUUUCCUUGUGCUA